UCCCGUUCUUGUACUUACUCGUGUAAAAAAACAGAACCAGUGUAAUUUUGUCAGAAAUAAAUAUAUUGAAAUUCAUAAAGUUUACAAUAUAGAAAAGUUUAAUCAUCAUGGCUGAAGAAGAGGAUGAGACAUUCUUAGAGUUCCACGAGAUGGGACUCGAUGACAGACUGUUGAAGGCCAUUUCCAAGCUAGGCUGGUCAAGUCCUACUCCAAUUCAGGAACGUGCAAUUCCAUUGGCUCUUGAAGGCAAAGAUGUGUUAGCCCAAGCCCGUACCGGAUCAGGAAAAACUGGUGCAUUUGUAAUUCCAGUUAUCCAGAAAAUUCUAUCUUCAAAACAGACGGCCACAGAACAAAGUGUUAAAGCAAUUAUACUAACCCCUACAAAGGAACUGUGUAGCCAGGCCCAUAAAAACAUACAAGAACUAACAACAUCAUGUUCACGUGAAAUUAGAUGUGUUGAUAUCUCCCCACAAGUACCAUUACCUACACAAAGACCGAUGUUAUCUGAAAAACCGGACAUUGUUGUCUGUACUCCAAGUCGUCUGCUGGCACACAUUGAGGCGGGAAAUUUAAACAUUAAACAGUCACUAGAAAUGAUAGUAAUAGAUGAAGCUGAUCUCGUCUUCUCCUUUGGCUAUGAGGAUAAUGUUAAAGCCAUUCUCGGACAUAUGCCAAAGAUUUACCAGGCAUUUCUAAUGUCAGCUACACUCGGUGAUGAUGUUAAAGCCCUAAAGAAGAUGGUUCUACACAAUGCUGUGAUAUUGAAAUUGAAUGAGUCACAACUUCCUGAGACAUCUCAACUUACACAGUAUCAUAUAAAGUGCAGUGAAGAGGACAAAUUUGCUUUGAUUUACGCAUUGCUCAAAUUGCGACUUGUGAGGGGAAAAACUAUUUUAUUCGUGAAUAAUGUAGACAGAUGUUACAAGUUACGUCUUUUCCUUGAACAGUUUGGAAUUCCAGCAUGUGUUUUGAACUCUGAACUCCCUGUAAAUUCAAGAUGUCAUAUUGUGGGACAGUUUAACGAUGGCCUGUAUGAUUACAUUAUAGCAAGUGACGAGAACUUGUUGGUCAAUCCACAGGACAAACCAGUAGAUCCAAGCAAACAGAAAAAACAAAGGAGGAAGGAUAAAGAAUUUGGGGUUUCUCGAGGGCUGGAUUUUCAGAAUGUUUCAAAUGUGAUUAACUUUGAUUUCCCUAUGACAGUCGGGGCAUAUAUUCAUAGAGUAGGAAGAACAGCAAGGGGAGAUAAUAAAGGGACUGCACUGUCAUUUGUAUCAGUAAAAGAGAUGCCAUUAUUAGAGACUGUAGAGAAAGAGUUAUCUGGAACUGCUGAACAUGAAGGCACAGUGUUUAAACCAUACCAGUUUAAAAUGGAAGAAAUAGAAGGCUUCAAAUACAGGGCAAAGGAUGCCAUGCAAGCUGUAACUAGGGUUGCUGUGAGAGAGGCCAGACUAAAGGAAAUAAAACAAGAAAUGUUAAACUCACAGAAAUUAAAGUCACAUUUUGAAGACAAUCCUCGUGACCUUCAGCUACUGAGACAUGAUAAGAAUCUCCAUACAGUCAAAUCACAUCAACACAUGAAACAUGUACCAGAAUAUUUAAUACCACCAACAUUACAGAAAUUGAGUGGCAAAGGUAAAAAGACAAGACAGAGAAAUACAAAACAGACAGGGCCAUCAAAGGCACAGUUAAAGUACAAGAAAAGGAAAGCCGACCCAUUAAAGAGUUUUCAAUUUGAAGGUCUAAGUGGAAAGAAAAAGAAGAAAAAAGACAACAAAUGACAUUUUUUUGUUUUUGUUGAAAGGAACUGGUGUUAAUGGAUAAGAAAUUAUAUGACAAUAAAAAAAAUUAUUACCAUACAACUUGCUUCAAUGAAUCACUGUGAAUUAAAGUGCUGGAUGAAGUGCCUGAUCAAACCAUUGUUGCCCUCAAUAAGGAAAUAGGGCCACUACUGCAUUACAGAGAAUAUCAAUUAGUGAAAAUGAUGGCUAUGACCCCAGUCCAGUUUAAACCCAAAGACAUGACACCUCAUAACCAAUGCCCCCAUCCCACCCCCUUACUAUAAUGAGUUUUAAAAGUAGUUAACUAAUACAUGGAUUAUAUGUUAUUUCUUCAAAAGCGGAUAUGUCAUUAUAAAAGCUCUAAAUUAUUCACAGUACAAAUAGAAGAAUCAUAUCGUAUUUAAAACGGAAACCCUACCUGCCAUUUCUGUGAGACAAUUAUCUGUUUGAAAUAUUAUAUUUUCUCUAACUUCUCCGCAGAAUCUGUUUUUGUGUUUUAUGUAUAAGAACAUUGUUUGAUUUAUGUGCUAGGCUCAGCGUCUUAAAUAGACUAUAAAAAUGUUUGUCUUGUAUUACAAAUUUACUUUAAUUGACAUUUGAAAUACCAUAUAAGGAAAAUGAAAAUUCUGCUAACUUGUAGGAGAAUUAAUAAAUAUCUAGCUGCUGAAAAGAAAAAAGAAUUAAUUUGUCUGGUCGACCAUAGUUUCCAUUUUUUUUUUCAAUGGACGAUCCUUUAGUCUGGCGGAGGGCUCGUUCAGGUUAUAAAUCGUACAUUUAGUUUAAUGUCACAUAUUUUCAUUGACUAUGUCUGCAGUACACCUGUGAUAUUUAUGUAGCAUUUAUAGAUAUGCUUUGUCUGCAAUUUAUACAUGUAUAUACUUAUUACAGGUUAAAGAGGCAUGUGUCAGGUAUAGGAAUUUAGUUUUUGAGGUCACGUUGAUGUAUUCUUGAACCGAAUCUGCAAUUUUGCUGAUUUUAAUGUUUCUGAGAGAUCACUUGUUUCCAGAUACUUAUUCUGAAAGCAAUCUGUGGAUUAUAAGUAGAUUAAGGCUGCAGUAUGCUUACGUGGCUUUUUAUCAAAUUUCCUCCUAAACUUGUUGUUUUUAACUUCUUUUUUUAGGGGGGAAGGGGAUUUUUCUUCUUUAAAAGCCUGCUUGAGGUAGAAAAUGAAAAAAUCUGUAGACCGAGCCUGUCCGCGUGGAAUCACAAAUUCCGCUUAUUUUGCUCAAGGAAAUAUGACUAGCCUCGGACCAGAGCUAAAAAUAAAUGUAAUGUGUACACAGCUUCUUCCCAUAAACCAACCAAAAGAUCAUCACCUUUUAAGGUUCUUUACAAAGAUAUAUGGUAUGUUCUGUUUUAGACUCAACUAUUCCAAGAAUAGGGCGAGUUAUUGUACUCAUCUGCACAUCAGUGUCACACUUUGGUUAAAUUUUGCAUGCAAGUUUGUAUCUCUAAAACUACUGAAGGGAAUGGAAUGAAACGGAUGUCAUUUUCAAUGUCCCAUAACCCUUUCUGAACUUUGUUUUUGAAAAUUCUACAUCAUCGAUAAUCUUGUUUUACUAUCAAGCACUGAGUACAGCAUGUACAGCAUGCUAUCCUACAGACAGCUUUGAUUUAAUUUGCAUUUGCAGCUGUAAGAGUUAAACAGAACUAAAAAAUGUAAAACUAUAGAACUCUGUAAAACGGAAAUAAAAGUUGUAAAAAUA